AGAAAGCAGAAGACGGAGAAAGACCAGUGAGCAGCCAAACAGAUUCUCUUCUUCUUUUACAGAAAUCAAACUGCAAUGCAAACGCUACUUCCGCCGGCAACACACACCGGGAGGUUCACGGUGGCGCCGGCCGCGGCUCCGCUUUCAGCCUCCGCAAUCUCCUCCUGUCGGAUUCCCCGAACUAUUCUCCGCGCGAAUUUCCUUCCCUCACUCUCUCUGAAGCCUCUUCCCUCACUUGCACCUUCGUCUUCCUUGUUCGGUUCCUUUGUUUCUCGCCGUCCAUGGAAGCUUCCCUUCACCGUCGUGAGCGCUUCCUCUCAAGUUUCUCAAGCUUACUCUCCCUCCAACGACGAAUCAGAGAAAGCAAAACUUGAUCAGGUGUCGAAGAGAUUGGAGAAGACUGCGAGGUACUUCAAGCGAUUGGGGAGCUUAGGGUUUUGGGGUCAGCUAGUGUGCACCGUGGUGGCUGCAGUUAUACUUUCCUUUUCAGUUGUUGUCACCGGAAAAGUCACGUCGCCGGCUACAUUUUAUGCAACUGCCGGUGGAAUUGCGGCUGCUUUCAUCUCUGUGUUUUGGUCGUUUGGUUAUAUUCGGCUCUCUGAGAAGCUUAGAAGAACUGCCAGCGACCCAACCAAGGCACCCCCUCGUGCUGAUGUAAUUAAAAGCUUGAAAAAUGGUAUCGUAGUGAACCUUUUGGGAAUGGGUGCUGCUAUUCUUGGGAUGCAAGCUACUGUUGGAUUGUUGGUUGCAAAGGCUCUCACUUCCUCUGCCAACCCAUAUUAUCAGGGAAUAUCUCCGGGCUACAGCCCUGUUCUUGCUUUGGAUGUAUUUUUGGUGCAGGCUUCCGCCAACACCAUUCUUUCUCAUUUUCUUGGGCUAGUUUUCUCACUAGAGUUGUUGAGAUCUGUCACAUUACCACCGUCAGAAGCAACUCCGUUUCCCAAGUUUGCAUAAGGUGUGCCUCAACAUUAGUAUUUUGGUCAACUAUAAAUAUCACUCCCGUAUGAUAAAAGCACAGGGGAAAAAAAAUUUAAGAGUUCCCACAUUUGCAGUAGUUGUUUUGUUAAUGGACGAUGCUCAGCCUUGAUAAGGCAUUUGGUAGUUCCAAGUUUUGUAAAAUCCCAGCAAUAUUUCUAAUAAGCUUCUCACCAAUUAACACUUGUAAGAAUUGAUUGUACAUUAGACCUGCGGUACCAUCCUUGGGUAUUUGUAUUUUUUUUUUUUUGCGUCAAAAAUAUAAUCAUGCUUCUCCUA